AUGUUCAACGCUACCCAACACCGCGGCAACCCCAACCUGGGGCCUGCUCCUCCCGGCCAGCCCAAUCACCGGCUGAACGAGAUUAUGGAUCAACUGCGAGCCGAGUUCGAUAACCAGUCCAGGUCGUCAGAGCAAUUCGAAAGCCAGGUCGCGCAACAGAUUCAAGAGAUGGAGUUGAUCCGUAACAAGGUCUAUCAGCUCGAACAGAAUCAACUCAAGAUGAAGCAAGACUACGAGGCGGAGAUUCGUAUGCUGCGACAUGAACUGGAGAUGCGUGGAGGUCCCCAAGUGCAAUCCCAUCUGGGUGGCCCUCCUCAACAUGCCGGUCCAGCGCAGGCACCUCCGGCUCUUGGACAUGGCCAGGGUGGGUUGUUCAGCGGAAUUAUGGCCAACCAAGGUCAAGGGGGCCCAGGACUGGCUCCUCCGCCUGAGCAACCUCCUCCUCAGCAACACCCUCUGCAGCCUCCUCCCCCAGCCGCACAGCCCCAAGGGCCGCCACAACCACCCAACUCCUUUCCAGGCUAUCAGCAGGGCCCUACGUUGAACGGUUAUGGACCGCAACCACAGCCUCAGACGAAUUCUCCAGGUCUUGGAAAGAAUCGGUCCAUGACGACCAGAGGUGCGCCCGGACCUGGACCUGCGACUCCCCAGCAACAUCCCAACCAACCACAGGCAAUGCCCUAUCAGAAUGAUCCGAGAGCAUCACCCCAAAUCCCUCGGCCGACGCCUCCAGGCACCGACAUGCAGCUUGGUCCUCGUCAUCAAAUGCCGGGCCAAAGCCAGUAUCCCAAUGUCGGCAAUGUUCUUGCGGACCUCAACCCGGACGAUCUACCAGAUCAUCUCAAACGAACUAGCGCCGACGGCGAGUGGCAUGCUGUCUUUAAUCCAAAUGUUCCUCGUGUGCUUGAUAUUACUCUCUUGCACAAUCUUCAGCAUACUUCGGUCGUGUGCUGUGUGCGCUUCUCGAGCGAUGGCAAGUAUGUCGCAACAGGGUGCAACCGCAGUGCUCAGAUCUUUGACGCGCGGGAUGGCCAAAAGGUGUGUGAACUGCUGGACGAAAAUGUCCAGGACAAGGAUGGUGACUUGUACAUCCGAUCCGUCUGCUUCUCUCCCGACGGCAAAUUGUUAGCCACAGGCGCCGAAGACAAGAGAAUCCGCGUGUGGGACAUCGCAAGCAAGCGCAUCCGCACCACAUUCGACGGACAUGAGCAAGACAUUUAUUCCUUGGACUUCUCGCGGACCGGGCGACUCAUCGCUUCAGGCUCGGGCGACAAGACCGUGCGCCUGUGGGAUAUUGAGUCGAAUCAACAAGUCAUGGUUCUCUCUAUCGAAGACGGAGUGACUACUGUGGCCAUGUCUCCCGAUGGACGAUUUGUUGCGGCGGGUUCGUUGGACAAGAGUGUUCGAGUUUGGGACUGCUCGAGUGGGUAUCUGAUCGAGCGGUUGGAAGGGCCACAAGGUCAUAAAGACAGUGUCUACUCGGUCGCUUUCUCUCCUAGUGGGCGGGAACUUGUCAGCGGUAGUUUGGACAAGACGAUCAAGAUGUGGGAACUCACACCACAACGAGGACUUAUUCCCGCUGCAGCAAAGGACGGCAAAUGCAUCCGCACCUUUGAGGGACACAAGGACUAUGUGCUCUCAGUCUGCCUCACACCUGGAGGCGAAUGGGUCAUGUCUGGGUCGAAAGACCGGGGAGUUCAAUUCUGGGACCCCAACACCGGUAAUGCGCAGAUGAUGCUUCAAGGUCACAAGAACUCUGUAAUCUCUGUGGCACCAUGUCCGACAGGCCACCUCUUCGCUACGGGAUCAGGAGAUAUGAAGGCUCGCAUUUGGCAGUAUACCACGUGGCGGGGAGCCCACCAAGGGCUCUGA